AUGAGCAAUUUCUUUGAAAGUGAGGCUGAGGUGAGCUCGGAGGAGGAGGAGCAGACUCAAGACGACGGCGCGUCCUCGAGCAAGAAAACGUCGAGGAAGAAAGCAACGAUCGAAAGUGACUCCGACGAAGAGGAGGAGGAAGAUGAUGACGAUAGAAUCAAGGAGGAGAUGAAAGAUCUCAUUAACGAUGAUGAAGAGGAGGUCGAAGGCUCCCCUGGCUCGUCGAGCUCUGGCGAGGAGAGCGCAACUGAGGACAAAGAUGGAGAUAAGGCGAACAGCCAGCGAGAAUCGAAGAAACGUCGACAUCAUGACUUCGACGAUAACCUCGAAGACGAGGACUACGACCUUAUCGAAGAGAAUCUCGGCUGUAAAGUUGAACGGAAACGCAAGCUCAAACGCGUGAAGGUCCUGGAUGAUGACGAAGAAGAGGAUAAGGAGAAGGACAAAGAUGCUGUGGCUCAGGAAUUGUUUGAAGAUGGAGAGGAAGGACAAGCGGAGCCGGUCGCCGAGGCCUUGGAGGAGGAAGACCUCGGAUCGGAAUCCGCGUCGGAUGACGAUGUAAAUGAUUUCAUCGUCGAUGACGAGGGCCGGCCAAUCGCCAAGCCAAAAAAGAAGCGACAUGUGAAAUUUUCGGACAGUGCUUUGCAAGAGGCUCAAGAUAUUUUCGGAGGAGAUUUUGACUUCGACGAUGUUCGUGCUUACGAAGAUGAGUACGAGGAGUCCAAAGAAGAAGAAGACAAUGAAGAUGAGGAGGAAGGAGACCAAGUCAGGGUGAAGAGCGACGUCACAAGAAAGAAAGCCCCGGCGAAAAAAUCCAUCUUUGACGUAUUCGAGCCCAUCGAAUUGGAACGCGGUCAUUUCACUGAUCGCGAUCAAGAGAUCCGGGCAACAGACGAACCGGAGAGAUUCCAAUUGCGAAGCGUCAAAGUAACACCGGCGGACGAGAUCGAAAUCGCGGAGGAAGCCGAGUGGAUCUACAGACAAUGUUUCCAAAAGUCCACCAUAUCCGUACAGAAACCGUCAGGGAGCCAGGAGUCGUCCUCCCCCUCAUCGUCCGGAGAUCGGAACAGCGGACACCAACCGCUCGGAGGACGGAAGAACCGCAGUGCAGUCCCGAAGAUCGCUGAAGCUCUGCGAUUCAUGAGAAAUUCGCACUUCGAGGUGCCAUUCAUUGCGUUCUAUCGCAAAGAAUACGUCCAGCCCGAUCUGACCAUCAAUGAUCUGUGGAUCAUAUACAAAUGGGACGAGCGAUGGUGUCAACUCCGCCAGCAGAAACAGAAUAUGGAGAAGCUGUUCAAGAAAAUGCAAGAGUACAUCUGUGAGCAAAUUCUGAACGAUGAUGGAGCGGCUGAGCAUCUCAGACAGAUCGAAGAGAACGAUUUUGAACGUCUCCGAGACGCUCAGUCGCCCGACGAGCUGAAAGACGUCUACCUUCACUUUCUCCUGUACUACGCCCAGGAUCUGCCGGCGAUGCAGGAAGCUAAUCUACAGAAACGGAAGAAAAAGCGCGAGGAAGAACGCGUGAAAAGACUCGAGAGGCAGCGAGCUGCGAGAGAAGCCGGCGGCGACGGUGGGCUUGACGAAGAAGAGGAGAUGGACGAAGGCGAGGAGGAGCUAUUCCUGAAGAAAUCGAGACGCAAGGACGGCUUCGCCGUUUGUCGCGAGAUGGGAUUGAGCGCACUCGCUAAGAAAUUCGGGUUGACGCCGCAGCAAUUCGGAGAGAAUCUCAGAGACAAUUACCAGCGGCAUGAGGUCGUCCAGUUCCCCGUGCAGCCUUUGGAAGCUGCGGCUGAGUACGUCAACGAGCGACUCAAGACCCCUCUCGAAGUCCUGAAUGGCGCCCGGUACAUGGUAGCAUGUGAGAUCGCUCGCGAUCCGACGGUCAGACGGUGCGUACGAGAAACAUUCUUCGAGCGAGCGAAACUUUGUGUCGCUCCGACGAAAAAGGGAUCGAAAGAGAUCGACGAGUCGCAUGCCUGCUACACGUUCAAGUACCUCAAAAACAAGCCGGUCAGAUCCCUUCAAGCGGAUCAGUACCUCAAGCUCAGCAUGGCCGAAGAAGAGAAACUGCUCAAGAUAUCCAUCCGUAUGGAUGGCGAUGGAUGCGCCGAAAACGGCACUUACGCCAGUGAGGUGCGUCAACUGUAUCACCGAGACGAGUUCUCGAAGAACGUCCAGGAAUGGAACUCUCAACGAGAGGAAGCUCUCAAUCACGCUUUGACGAAGAUGUUGUAUCCGACUUUUGAGAAAGAACUCAAACUGCGAUUGCUGAGAGAAGCUUACGAUAAUGUGCUCCGUUCGGUGUCGAAGAAGUUCUACAACUGGCUUAAAGUGGCCCCAUACAAUCCUCCGGACUGGAUCCAGGAGGAGGAAGAUUUUGACACGCGAGAGGGAGUCCGUAUCUUCGCUAUCGCAUACCAGAACGACUGGAAUGUCCCAGCUUUCGGAGCUCUCAUCAAUGGAGAUGGUGAAGUGACAGAUUACCUUCGCCUCGAAAAUAUACUCAAACGCAAGAACGCGUGGCGCGAGUCGGAGAGAGCGGCGAAGAUCAGCGACCUGGCAAAACUGAAGAAAUUCAUCGCCGAGAAGAAACCGCACUGCGUCGUCAUAUCUGCGGAAAGCCGAGAAGCUCUGUCCAUCAAAGAGGAUGUGGAGCAGGUCAUCAAAGAACUCGGAGACGACGACCAAUUCCCCGCGGUACAGGUCAUGCUUCUCGAUUGCGGACUAGCUCUCGUUUACGCGAAUUCGAAACGUGCCGAGCAAGAGUUUCGCGAAUAUCCACCUCUGCUGAAGCAAGCGGUCUCGCUUGCUCGCCGAAUGCAGGAUCCUUUGAUAGAAUUCAGUCAGCUGUGCGGUCCGGACGAAGAAAUCCUCUGUCUGAAGUACCAUCCACUCCAAGACAAUGUUCCUAAAGAGGAGUUCCAAUGGGCUCUGGCCCUCGAGCUCAUCAAUCGCACAAACGAGGUCGGGGUCGACAUCAAUCGGUGCAUGGAGCAGUCACACACUUCGGAACUUCUGCAGUUCGUAUCGGGCUUGGGUCCGAGAAAAGCGCACGCCAUGAUCAAAACCCUCAAACAGAGUCAUUCGAAGUUGGACAGUCGAACGAGUCUGGUCACAACGUUGAAACUCGGCCCGAAAGUGUUCCUAAACUGUGCGGGUUUCAUCCGCAUCGAGAGCGGGUCCUUCCUCGACAACAACACGAGUGCCUACGCCGAGAUGCUUGACGGAUCGCGCGUUCAUCCAGAGAUGUACGAAUGGGCUCGGAAAAUGGCGACGGAUGCGCUCGAGUACGAUGACAAUGAGGACGCGAAUUUGAAUCCAGCCGACGCCCUCGAAGAGAUUCUCGAGAAUCCCGACAAACUCAAAGAUCUCGAUCUCGACGCUUUCGCCGUCGAACUCGAACGGCAAGGCUACGGAAACAAAAGCAUCACCUUGUACGACAUCCGUGCCGAGCUGAACAACCGAUACAAAGAUCUUCGUGUCGAAUACGUACCACCCGAGCGAGAAAUCCUAUUCAACCUCCUCACGAAGGAGACUCCGGAAACGUUUUUCGUAGGCAAGCUCGUCACGUGCCAAGUUUCGGGCAUAGCCCGGAAGAAGCCUCAGGGCGAACAACUCGACCAGGCGAAUCCAAUCAGGAACGAUGAGUCUGGCUUAUGGCAGUGUCCGUUUUGCCUAAAGAACGAUUUCCCUGAGCUCUCCGAAGUGUGGAAUCAUUUCGAUGCGGGUAAAUGCCCUGGUCAGGCCAUGGGCGUGAAAGUACGUUUCGACAACGGCUUAAAUGGCUUCAUUCCGACAAAGAACCUGUCGGAUAAACGAGUUUCCAACCCGGAAGAACGAGUGAAGAUCGGACAGAUCGCGCAAGGCAGGAUCACCAAAAUCGAUAUAUCUCGAUUU